AAACCAAAACCACCAGCAACAAGAAAAUCGCCAAUCCGCAACGAGCCGCUCAGCGGUGCAAUUCGCCUUUCUACCUACAGUCCCUACCAUCUCACUCAUUCUCGAUCGAUCACAGCAGCAACCAUGAGACCUACGCAGAUCCUCGGCGUGGGCAAAUACCGCCACCUCAAGCUCACAACAAAGGACGUCGGCCGCGGCUUCUACAAGGGCAACCGAACGGGAUCCAUGGGUCGACACACAAAGUACGGAGGCUACCUGAUUGAGUGGAACAAAGUACGCACAUACGUCGUGCCUCAAAACCUCGCAGAGUCCAAGCUCACUCCCUUUGUGAGCAGAGAGGUUCGCGAAGAGCCUGGUGACUACAAGGGCUUGAACAAGGGUCCCCAGGAUCCUUACUUUUACGUCGAGCAGUGGAAGCGAUACAACGGCGUCGAUUAA